AUCCUGACCAACUAGACUACAACGGAUCGUGUCAGUACUUGUCAAAAAAUCCUAUAAAUCACAAUCUUCGUACAGGGUUUUAGCAAGAGAAGAGCCCAGAGAUAGAAGAAGAGACAAAGCAAGAAAAAACGAAGCCCCUUUGCUCACACUUCUGGGUCCUCACUUUGCAGCUAUCCAUUGAAGAACACGCCUUGCAAAUCUUCAAUUUCACAACCCUUUUGCUCCCAGCAUGAAUCUUUCUGGGUUAACUGGAAGCCCUUCAAUUAAUGUGCUACCGAAAGGUCAAGGAUCUCUUUCGAAAAAAGUUUUGGUUUUCAACAAUUUCGGGAAAUUUGGGGAGUUAUUUCAGCUACCUAGGAGAAGUAAUUGGGCCGGUUCUGCUCAGAGAUGUGUAGUGCGAAGAACUCCUUUGUUAAGAUGUGCCAUGGAUGCUUCUUAUGGCAAUUCUUCAGAUGACUCGGCUGAUAUAUUUCCGAGAAUUAAUGUAAGAGACCCAUACAAGAGACUUGGGAUUAGCAGGGAAGCAUCAGAAGAUGAAAUUCAAGGUGCUAGAAAUUUCUUGGUUCAAAGAUAUAUUGGUCAUAAACCGAGCAUAGAUGCAAUUGAAUCAGCCCACGACAAAAUAAUCAUGCAGCAAUUCUACGACAGGAAGAACCCGAAGAUCAACAUUAAGAAAAAGGUUGGGGAGGUUACUCAGUCUAAGGUUAUGCUGGCUAUCACAAGUAGAUUCAGAACUCCAUCUACAAAUUUCAUUGUAAAGACUUCCAUUGCUUUCGUGGUACUGGGCGUACUUACUGUACUUUUCCCAACUGAAGAAGGACCAACCCUUCAAGUAGCCGUUUCCCUGAUAGCUACAAUGUACUUCAUUCAUGAUCGGUUAAAAAACAAGCUUAGAGCUUUUCUCUACGGGGCUGGAACAUUCAUUCUCUCGUGGCUAGUGGGAACUUUUCUGAUGGUGUCUGUGAUUCCACCUAUAAUUAAAGGUCGCAGAAGUUUAGAAGUGACAACAUCCUUGAUUAGUUAUGUGCUUCUCUGGGUCUCUUCUACCUAUCUUAGAUAGGUAGUGCCAGAGAGUUUUUGUGUAAGUUCCCGUUACAUCAAAGAGUAAACUCCCAAUCUCUUACUCAGGCAUUUUGGUAUAUCUCAAUUUAGAUCACACAUUUUUUACUUCUACUUUUUGGUAAUGGAGAUUUAGUUAAAAGGUCAUGUCUUAAGUUCCAUGCAUAGAUUAUGGAAUCAGAAUUAUCAGAGUGGCUGUUUGAUGCUCUGAAUUGAGACCAUCAUGUUAACCCCGCUGAAAGGGUUUUGGAAUGUAGACUAAAAGACCUUAUCAUUUGCGAAUGGAAUUUAUAUUUCUUGUGUUUCUAGGAA